AUGGCUCAGGGAAGCCUACUGACCUCCUUCCUGGGCGCCCUACAGGCCUGCGUGUCUGUCCUCUUAACCCUAGCCUACGGCGUCGCAGCUCGCAAAUUCGGGCUCAUCCAGCGCUCCUCCAUCAACGAUGUCUCCAGUCUAGGCGUCAAAGUCCUCUUGCCAGCCCUAAUUCUUGUGCAUCUAGGCGAGCAGUUGAAGCUGGACAAUGCGCUGAACUAUGUCCCUGUCCUUGUCUGGUCAAUCACCUACACAACCAUUUCGAUUCUUCUCGCGCGGCUGGCGUCGAAGCUCCUCAGACUUCCUGACUGGGUGACACCAGCCUCAGCGUUCAACAACACGACGUCAUUGCCAUUGCUCCUGUUGCAGUCGCUUGAGGGUGUUGGGAGCCUGAAGGUGAUCGUGAAGGACGGCGAGUCGAUCUCUGAUGCUGUUGCUAGAGCGCAGAGCUAUUUUUUGCUUUGCGGCGUCAUCAGCAAGACCAUCGGCUAUAUAGUCGGGCCAACAAUGCUUACCAGCGAGCAAGACGAGAGGGACGAAGCUGAUAAUGGUCGUGCCGAGGAUGCGCGUUAUUCCGACCCUUAUGCUGACACAGCAGACGAGGAAAGCCCCCUACUCAACAGCCAUGGACGAGUCCAAAAACGCCAGGAUACCUCCACCGUUUCUGGCAAGAUCAGGCGCUGGACAAAGAAAGCAGUCUUCGUCUUCCCGAAAUAUGUCGGGCAGAAAAUUUUCAAGCCCGAUACGCCCAUGGCUGAUAUUGCGAUCAUAUGCACGCUUAUCGGCAGCGUCCUUGGUCUUGUUCCGCAACUGCACAAAGCGUUCUUUAAUAGCUACGAGGAUGGAGGCGUCUUCAAUGCAUGGCUGACCUCGAGUAUCAAGAACAUUGGGAAACUGUUCACGACGUUGCAGAUUUUCAUCGUUGGCUGCGAGCUAGGGGUCAGUUUUGAGAAGAUGAAGAAAGACGCUAAUGGUGAUGGCGACGGUGAUGGGAGCGGUGGUCAGAGCAGUAACCCUGGGUGGAAGGAGAUUCUGACCAUCUUUUUGAUACGGCUUGUUAUUUGGCCAGCCCUCAGCAUCUCUAUUAUAUACGGCCUCGCGAAGAAAACCACCCUGCUGAGAUCGGAUCCAAUCCUCUGGUUCAGCAUGAUGCUCAUGCCGGCGGGACCGCCGGCACUGGUUAUCCAGGGACUUGCAGAGUUGGCGAAGGCGUCAGAGACACAGAAGAUGACCAUCGCCAAGACGUUGACGAUUAUGUAUAUGCUCUCGCCGUGUAUUUCGUUCACGAUUACUGGGGCGUUAAAAGCAUGUCAGGGUGUAGUCGAGGGGAAGUCGGCAUAACCUAAGAAAUAAACCAAGAGAUGGAUCUACUA